UCAGCUUCAUAUUGAAGCGUUCACAACGUCAACGAACGCAGAGCGCAGAGCCAGACAACGUAUACAGAUAAAUGAAAAUAUAAAGCACUUGGCUUUCAUUCCUUGCAAUUUAUAAUAAAGCAUUAAUCCGACUCCAAAUCAUAUCAUUUAAAAAUAGCUUGUGUAUUCUGAAAGUAUUUCAGAUUAUAAAAUACAAAAAGUGAAUAAUUACUUUAUUUCCGCAGUAUAAAUACAUCAAGCAUAUAUACUUCUAUAAAAACCUAAACCGGAUAGCGCACAUAAUAUAAAGAUUUAUAGCAUGGCUACCUAUGCUGCAUUCAAACAUGUUGAACUUUACAAUGUCGGCAAAGCCAAAAAGAGAGUAUUGAGGGCCCCUGGUGGAGUGUCAAGUGACAUUUUCGGAUCCGAGCAGCCUCAAACUCCACGUAACGUCAAAAAUCUGAUGGCCUCGAAUAUAUUCUCUGCCGACACAGAUGCCGCCCAGAAGAACAACGUGCGGCAAGGAGCUCACAGAUUCUAUUACAUUGGUGAGACACCACGUCGAGGCCAAAAACCAGUUGACUCGUACUCGCGUUUAUUCGGCGAACCGGCUCGUCCCAUCACACCUAGCAAGAAUCACAUGAAGAGCAAUAUUCCCUUUGGACAAAACCCGAAUACCGCUCCGUUGAUUUCCAAGGGAAAUUAUAACGGAAAAAGUGGUUCGGUGUCGUCCGCAUCAUCGUCUGUUUCUUCUUCGACUGAGAAUCUUAAAAUUAAUGGAGGAGUAAGAUCGGAAGGAAAUCCCGUUACCGGCGAGGGGUACAAAGCUGGCGGAACCGAUUAUAUCCAGCCAGCUCAUCUUAACGGCGGAAGUCAAGUUAUCAACAAGAAUCGUGUCCCACCCGGCGGUUAUUCAUCGGGACUCUGGUAAUUGAAAAUUACAGAGCCUCUCGAUAAAAGACAGCAUGGUAGAUGUGCGCAGUAAAUGAUGACAGGAGCCUUGCAACAAAUAUAUUCACACCCAAAAAUCGGAACCCCUUCUAUCUACAUACUCAAAACUAGAUGUAGCGUUUUAAGUAAUAAGAAAUUGCAGAAGAGCAUCCAUAUCGAUCGAUGGGUAUCAAGUUAAAACUUGGAAAACCACCACGAAUUAUACAGCAUACGAUCCAUGUGUAUUUAAAAAACGAGACCGCUACGCUACAAUAAUGCUAACAUAACUGCUCAAUGCCGGUCUUAUCUGCAUAACCAAGCCAAGAAUCAUUACACCACGAACCAUUUUAAUAUUAUAUCGAAAUAUUUAUUUAUUUUCAAUAUUGCUAUAUCCAAUAUUACAUAUACGUAUGUAAACAUAUGUGCACUAUAACAUUUUGAAUUUCGUUUACUUUACAGUCUAAGCUCAUCAUACAUACAAUAUAUAUUGUCACAACCUUACAUGAAAUCAUUCAUUUGAAAAUGUACUACGAUAUUAUCAUUCUAAUACUACGAUAUUAAUAUAUGCCUUGUUCAGUAGGUAACGAAAUAAAAUUUACAUUCAUUUCUAUGCAAAAAUCAA